AACCAACCACAAAGUAUAGAAAAAUAAAUCCUUUGAAUUCUAAUCAUGUACUUUGAAUUUUGAGAUACCAUAGCCCCAAUGUCUUCAAGAGAAUCAUCUUUCUUCUAUUAGCUCAAAAACAAGUCAAUCAAAUCCCACAUUAAACAAUUCAAUGCAUUUCUCAGAUUUUCAACCAUGAUAUCAUCUUUCCAUUGUAAACUCUCUCUCUCUCUCUCCUUCACCAAUCUUCUUGCUCAAAAGUGCAACUUACUUAGUUCUUAGCAUUCUCUAACCUCUGCAAACUUGCAAAGUAUGGUGCUUAGUCUCAUAAGAAAGUAGAGUUGAGGUUCUUGCCACCUAAUCCAUUCUUGUGUUUCACCAGCCAGUCUUUCUUGAUUCUCAUUACUUCUCUUUUACUAUAUGUGGGUCUUUUCUUUGUGGUCUCAUUCUCUGCUUGUUCCUUUUAAGCCUGGCCCAUGUUCUUCUUCAAAAUGUUAUCUCAGUUUCUGUUACUUCCUGUCGAUUUUUUCUCCUUCUUAGUUUGAUCGCUGUGUGAGAAGAGAACUUGGUAGAUCUUGAGAUUUGAUCUCCUGUUUCUUUAGGAAAUGGGGAUUCAAAUUGGUAUUAUGCUGGUGAUCAUAUGUGUAGCUUCAUGUGCUUCGUCAGUUCUUGGAUCUGCAGAACCUGCUGCCUCUCCAAGAGAAGCUCCUCCAAGUUUCAGCAGGAGCAGAUAUGGAAAGCUGAGCACUUCACCACAUGUCCAAGCAUCCCACAUUUCCUCUUCUGUUGAUCAUUUUCCAAGUGAAGCCCCGCCCAACACAAAUAAGCCUUCAAGUAUUGCACUUCCCCCUUCUAUGUCAUCAAUUGGCAGUCCUGCAAAGAUGUGGAUGCAUGGUCCUGCAGAUUCACCUUUGAUCUCAAGUAACAGAAAUCUUCAUCAUCAUCAGCAUGCAAGGAAUCAUCACAGUGCUCCUGGACCAUCUUAUUUGAUUCCUCCCCCAAGUUACUAUCAAAUAGCCCCUUCAGUCCCUUCGUUCCGCUCUCCAUCUCCUUCGUCAAUGAGCUGGGGUUCUAUGCCAUCUGCAUUAUCACCAACUGCCUCAAAGAGCCAUUUUUAUAUGCACAUUCAUCAUCCUGCAGCGUCUCCCAUGGGUUCUAACUUGAAGAAGAUGAAGGCCCCACCGCCAUCACAAAUUUUGUCUCUACCACCUCCACCUCCUAAUGGAGAUUGUGCAUCUGUCACAUGCACAGAGCCACUAACAUAUACUCCUCCUGGGACAUUUUGUGGAUGUGUGUGGCCUAUUCAAGUUAAACUGCGCCUUGGUGUUGCAAUAUACUCAUUCUUUACUUUGGUUACAGAGCUGGCUGAGGAAAUUGCAGCCAGUGUCACCUUAAACCACAGUCAGGUUCGCAUUAUGGGAGCCAAUGCAGCCAGUCAACAGCUAGAAAAAAGCACUGUUCUCAUCAACCUUGUACCGCAGGGAGUAAAAUUUGCUGAUAAUACAGCAUUAUCAAUCUACAAGAAAUUCUGGAACAGACAGGUUCUCAUAAAGUCUUCCCUCUUUGGUUCCUAUGAAGUAUUAUAUGUUCACUACCCAGGUCUUCCACCCUCUCCACCUUCACCUUUGAGCAUUUCUACUAUAGAUGAUGAACCAUAUCCUGGCCAUGACAACAAUGGAAUAACAAAUAAGCCUUUAGGAGUUGAUGUAAGGAGGAUGAGAAAAGAUGGGCUUGGUGGAAGAAUGAUUGCUGUGAUAGUUUUCUCCUCUUUCAGUGCCUUGGUUAUAUGUAUGGCAAUCGCCUGGCUUUUUCUGUUGAAAAGAGGAAAUUGUGUUCAUCAACCUCAGCAAGUUCCACAUGCCUCAAUGACCUCCCCUGCAAAACCAUCAGGGUCUGCUGGGCCUAUGAUUUUUGGGGGCAAUCCUAGUUCUUCAUCAAUGUCCUUCAGUCCUGGCGCCAUGACACAUACAGGACCUUCAAAGCUCUUCACCUUGAAUGACAUGGAGAGGGCCACCAAUAUGUUUGAUUCUUCAAGGAUCCUUGGAGAAGGUGGAUUUGGGGUUGUGUACAGUGGCCAGUUAGAUGAUGGAAGGAAAGUGGCUGUGAAGGUUUUGAAGAGAGAUGAUCAGCAUGGUGGCCGAGAGUUCUUGGCAGAAGUUGAGAUGCUUGGGCGGCUGCAUCACAGAAACCUAGUUAAAUUGAUUGGUAUUUGCACAGAGGAGCAUAUCCGCUGCCUAGUCUAUGAACUUAUCCCGAAUGGAAGUGUUGAAUCUCAUUUACAUGGAGUGGAUAAGGAAACUGAUCCACUAAACUGGGAUGCGCGAAUGAAGAUUGCCCUUGGUGCAGCUCGAGGCCUAGCCUACCUCCAUGAAGACUCAAGCCCUCGGGUUAUACAUCGAGAUUUCAAGUCCAGUAACAUCUUGUUAGAACAUGAUUUUACACCUAAAGUUUCAGAUUUUGGAUUAGCUCGAGCAGCAAUGGAAGAGGAAAACAAACAUAUAUCAACACAUGUUAUGGGAACUUUUGGUUACUUGGCUCCGGAGUAUGCAAUGACAGGACAUCUUCUUGUGAAGAGUGAUGUUUACAGCUAUGGUGUAGUCCUCCUUGAGCUCUUAACUGGACGAAAAUCAGUAGACUUGUCACAACCACCAGGUCAAGAAAAUCUUGUUGCAUAUGCUCGUCCACUCCUCACAAACAAGGAAGGUUUAGAAGCAAUUAUUGAUCCAUCUAUAAAGUUUACUGUCUCCUUUGAUACUAUAGUCAAAGUGGCAGCAAUUGCAUCAAUGUGUGUACAACCGGAAGUGUCUCACCGCCCUUUCAUGGGUGAAGUAGUUCAGGCCUUGAAGCUUGUCUGCAAUGAAUUUGAUGAAACAAAAGUACAGCGAACAAGCAGUCAAAGCUAUGAGAACCAUCUUACCGAUGCAGAUAGCAAGAACAUGAGAGUUUCAGAUGGGAUUAUGGAAGUUUCACAAUCCCAAAUCCCACUGCCGUUAUCAACAUCUGGUUUGUUGACAGGAUCGGUGGGACUUGAGGGGCAGGAAUUUGGGUCUUUCAGAAGGCAUUCUAGCUCAGGGCCUUUGAGAACAGGAAGGAGACGACAAUUCUGGCAGAGAUUAAGAAGUUUGUCUAGAGGCAGCAUGAGUGAGCAUGGUUUUUCUCUUAAAUUAUGGUCAGGAACCAGUUGAACUUCGCCAAAGCAGGAAGAAUUCCACAUGAGUGCAAUUGCUGUAAAGUGCAGUCACAAGAACAGGUCCGGAAGAUUGCGACGGAGUUUUCAAGAGUGGCUUCCAGUGAGGUUCAAAACCAGCAAUGAAGUUAAAACCUGGUGCUUGACAGAUCUAGUCUCUAAAAACUAUCAGAAACUAUGCAUAGAUAAUGAUUUUAUUGUAUAUCUUUGUUUCCAAUGAGGCUUUGGUGGCAACCGUCCUCAGUUUUCCUCGCUUCAAUUCAUGCUGCAAUUUUUAUUUGAAAUGAAAAAAAAAAAAAAAAAACUUUUGUGAAGAGAAAUGCCUUGUAUAAUCUAUAAAAGUAUGAAGCUUCAAAAUCGUAAGCAGCCUCUCAGCUUGUUAAAUUAAUGAUGAGAAAAAGAAGUCACAUAGCUUCUUGAAAGAGUUUCAACUA